AUGCUAGCGCGCAGCCUGCACCUGGAAGGAGAGGCCGUGUUUUGGCAAGGCAAGAUGAGGAUGAGAGCAGUUCGGAAGAAUUCACUGAGCCAGACCCGGAUUCUUCGUCAGAGUGGCUCCCAUCUGGGUCUGCAAGCAGCAGAGAGUCCUCCCCUGACGCUUUUACUCGCGCGUCAAGCAGAACCACCGCCAGAGAAGAACAGCCUCUACAUCGAGCAGUGUCACUGCCAGUGUCACAUCUGCCAGUUCAGUUGGUGUGAAGAAGAGAAAAGUUACAAAGAGUAA